AUGCUCUUGACGAUCAAGAAACUGAAGAGUCUGAUGAACACCUACUGGAUGCUGUGUGAUGCCGUACACCAGGCUAAUGACUUCUACUGCUAUCAGCUGAUGGCCGUUGUCUUUAACUCAUUUGUUCACAUCACUAUAACGUGUUACAUCUUUUUCUUGUACGUAAGAGAAGGCAACAUGUUCGCUAUAAUAACUGAAGGAGCCUGGUUCCUUACUCAUAUUUACUACGUGGUUGUGUUGGUAAACUCAAGCACAGAUGUCACUAACUCGGCUGAAGAGACAAGCCAGAUGAUAUGCAAGUUAAUCAACAGUAACCUGGACCCGGUCCUAAAAAAACAGCUGGAAGGGUUUCUCCUGCAGUUUCCUCAUCACAACGCAAGAUUCUCCGCUCUUGGAUAUUUUCCGAUCCACAAAGAAACCCUCACAGCGAUGGCUGGAGCGGUGACAACGUACCUAGUGAUAAUGAUCCAAUUCCAGAACAAACCACCAUCCACCUAG